CCGCUACCGGGCUCAAGCCAGGACUCCCUGGCCUGUCAAAACUCAAGGUGUGCUGGGGAGACCGCGCCUGUGGCGACGGGCCAGGCGCACCGUUACUUGGGCAGGAGCGCCUACGGCCAGGUGUCUGCCCACUCUGCCCAGCAACAUGCACACACUGCUGUUCCUGAGCACACGGCAGGUGCUCCAGUGCCAGUCGGCCGCCUGUGAGGCUCUGCCCCUUCUUCCGCGAGAGCUUUUCCCCCUGCUGUUCAAGGUGGCCUUCAUGGACAAGAAGACAGUUGUGCUUCGGGAGCUGGUCCACAUAUGGCCCUUCCCGUUGCUCAGCUUUCAGCAACUGCUGCAGGAAUGUACUCACUGCAGCCGGGCGCUACUGCUGGAGAGACCCAGCACAGAGAGCAUGCAGGCUGUGAUCCUGGGACUGACCGCCCGGCUCCACACCCCAGACACCGAGCCCGGCACACAGCCCCUGUGCAGGAAGCACGCACUACGGGUGCUGGACAUGACGGGCCUCCUGGACGAUGGGGUGGAGCAGGACCCGGGCACCAUGAGCAUGUGGGAUUGCACUGCAGCCGUGGCCCGCACCUGCAUCGCCCAGCAGCAGGGCGGGACGGUGGGACCUGGGCUGGGCCCCUUGCCUGUGGAGGUGCGUGUGGACCUGCGGGUGAACCGAGCCUCCUAUGCCUUCCUGCGAGAGGCGCUGCGCAGCAGCAUGGACAGCCCGCUGCGGCUCUGCUGCCGGGACCUGCGGGCUGAGGACCUGCCCAUGCGAAACACGGUGGCCCUGCUGCAGCUCCUGGAUGCGGGCUGCCUGCGCCGCGUGGACCUGCGCUUCAACAACCUGGGCCUGCGUGGCUUAUCCGUCAUCAUCCCACAUGUGGCCCGCUUCCAGCAGCUGGCCAGCCUGCGGCUCCACUACGUCCACGGGGACUCACGGCAGCCCUCUGUGGAUGGUGAGGACAACUUCCGCUACUUCCUUGCCCAGAUGGGUCGUUUCACGUGUCUGCGGGAGCUCAGCAUGGGUUCCUCUCUCCUCUCAGGGAGGCUGGACCAGCUGCUCAGCACCCUGCAGAGCCCCCUGGAGAGCCUAGAGCUGGCCUUCUGCGCUCUUCUGCCCGAGGACCUGCGCUUCCUGGCACAGAGCCCCCAUGCUGUCAACCUUAAGAAGUUGGAUUUGAGUGGCAACGACCUGUCUGGCAGCCAGCUGGAGCCCUUUCAAGGCCUGCUGCAGGCGGCAUCUGGGACACUGCUGCAUCUCGAGUUGACCGAGUGCCAGCUUGCUGACACGCAGCUGCUAGCAACACUCCCCGUGCUGAUUCGUUGUGCCAGCCUCCGCUACCUCGGUCUCUAUGGAAACCCGCUGUCCAUGGUGGGGCUCAAGGAGCUUCUGAGGGACUCUGCGGCCCAGGCUGAACUACGCACAGUGGUGCAUCCCUUUCCUGUGGACUGCUAUGAGGGUCUUCCCUGGCCACCCCCUGCCUCUGUGCUGCUGGAGGCUUCCAUCAAUGAAGAGAAGUUUGCCCGGGUGGAGACUGAGUUGCAUCAGCUACUGCUGGCCUCUGGCCGCGCCCAUGUGCUCUGGACCACAGACAUCUAUGGGCGCCUGGCUGCUGACUACUUCAGCCUGUGACUGCAGGUCCUGGGGUCCAGGUGUGCCAGAGGCCCUCCCUCCUGGAGGUGUUUGGUUUCCUUAUUCCCGUUGUCUGAGCCUGCCGUUCUACCCUGACUCUUGGCUGGAUCCCAGGUUCUCCUUCACAGCCCGGCUUGGUUCAGCUGCUGUUUGUGGCCUUCUGCUGUCGUCGUCCUUUCUGUGGAACCUUCCUCACGUAUCAGCUGCGAGCGCUUCUCUGGGCUCAGCGUAAAGGCGGGUAGCCCUGCGGUAGGCGUAGGGACAGGGACUGGCUUCCACAAGGAUUGGGUCCCAGCUCUCAGGCUCCCUGUUACGGUUCUCCCUCCCUGGCAUCUAUGACACUGCCUGUGUGCUG